AUGAGCCGAUUCAUCGUCCCUCGACUGUUGAAAUGCCCACCGGUCAUUCAACUUAGGAAGCUACUGCUCGGUGGUUGUCCUCAUUUCCACUUCUCUGCUAAGAAGUGUGAUAUCGCCGCACAGCAGCUACCUAGAGUACCGGUUCCUGGACUCAGGGAAACUUUGGAUAAGUACCUGGAGUACGUGUCAGUGAUCAGCAGUGAGGAAGACUUCGUGGUCACUCGGCGAAAUGUCCAAGAGUUCGCUGAAACAGAGGGUCCGGCGCUCGAUCAGCAACUGCGAGCCAUUGCAGCCAACGAGGAGAACUGGGUCAAUCAGUUUUGGAUUAAGGAGAUGUACCUCGGCAAUCGGCUACCGUUGCCGAUUUAUUCAAACCCUGGAUUUCUCUUGCCACAACAGAGCUACGCCUCCAAUGAGGAAAUGACAAGAUUUGUGGCGUUAUUCAUACAUGGUAUAUACGACUACAAAGAGAAAAUAGACAAGAGAACGGUUCCAAUCGAUUUAACAACCGGACUGCACAAGGGUCAGCUGAUGUGCAUGACGCAGUACUGGAAUCUUUUUAAAUCGUACCGGAAACCUGGACUUUCCGUUGAUCAGCUGGAAACGGAUACCAACUCUGACUUGAAUGAUAACGAGCAUAUUAUCGUAAUGCACGAUAAUCAGGCCUACUUAGUUUUGACUGUGGUUCAUGGGCAGCUUCGAAGCCAGACUGAAAUUUCUGCAGAGUUGCUGCAAAUACUGGCAACGGCUAAAAGUCCUCAGAAGAGCGGUUGCAGGGCUCCGGUUGGCGCCUACACGUCGGUGGAUCGCAAUAAAGCUUACCGAGCGUACCAAAUGUUGCUGAAGUGCAGUAGAAACAGGCUCUCAUUGGACAUGAUCAAAUCGAGCAGCUUCGUCGUUUGCCUCGACAAAGCGACAGGCUACGCGACCAGCAGCGAACGAACCCCGUCUGCGACUACCUCAAGAAAUCUGUCGUACAUGAUUUUAGGCGGUGGUUGUGAUCGCUCCUCAUGCAACCGGUGGUACGACAAAACGCUUCAGUUCAUUUUUACUCGUGAUGGCUUGUGUGGUAUCAAUUAUGAACAUACUGUGGCUGAAGGAAUACCGCUGAUCCAUUUGGCUGAGCACGUGAUUCAUUAUAUAGAAAAGUACAAGCCUGUAGCUGGCAAGCAGCCUCCAGCUGUCACCUCUCCACAAUUUCUCGAAUGGUUAAUAAAUCCUGAGUUGCAGCAUCUGUUGGAGGAAUGCUGUAAGGAUAUUGAUAAACUGGCAAAUUCACUAGAUGUCGAGGUGCUAUGUUUCCGGAAGUACGGCAAGAAUUUCAUUAAGCAGAUGUGUAUCAGCCCAGAUGCCUUCGUGCAAUUGGCUCUACAACUGACUUACUACAGAUGCUAUGGGCGACUGACAUCGACUUACGAAAGUGGAACGCUGCGACGGUUCAUCAAGGGGAGAGUGGAAAACAUUCGAGCAGCCACCCCAGAGGCUUUCGAAUGGGUGAAAGUCAUGGACAGUAAGGAUGUGUCGCAGGACGUGAAGCAUAAAGCUUUCAAAAACGCCGUUAAGAAACAGACAAGCGUAAUGGAAGAGGCAACCAGCGGUUAUGGCAUCGACAACUACCUCGUGGCUCUACGAGAACUCGCGUCACGGAACCUCAUUGAACAGCCAAAGAUCUUCACCGACAAAAACUUUGACAAAUCUUUCCGGUUCCCGCUAUCAACAAGUCAGGUUAAUACGUCGAUUGCCAGCGUGGUAGUUGGUUACGGGCCGGUCGUUGACGAUGGCUACGGAUGCGGUUACCGAAUGCAGCCUGAAGAAAUCUUUUUCGUUAUAUCAAGCAGCAGGAACUGCCAGUUAACUAGUUCCUUAACAUUCCAGAAAACGUUGGAAAAAACCCUGCUGGACUUGAGAAACUUCACCAGAGAUAUGCAAUGA